UUGUUUUCGCUGCUCCUUUAUCUACUUCAGCUCUUGAAAGUGGCCAGCUAAGGUGCAUUUCGCUUGAAAAUCGCGUAAUCCGUAAUGUGCAACGCUCGCCAUAUCCCCAGGUCAUCAUCCAUUUAUUUUUCAAUUUUGUUCUUUCCCGUGCUUCGGUGCGGUAUGAACAGUACGGCCUAAUUUGAAGAGAAAUCGCAAUCGUGUAGUGAAUUGCACAAAAGCUUUGAGUUUUCGCAAGUGGGCGCAUCACAGGUAUCACAAUAAAGGAAAAAAAUGCAGCGUAGCGGUAUUCUGGGAAAACGCCAAUCUGAUGAGCCACCAAACAUUAACGACCUACCUUCGAAAAAAGAUAGACCAGAUGGACUGGAUCAAAUACGGGAAAACGAUGACGCUCAGAGUUCGGCAUCCGGAGGCUACGUGCAAGUUCCAUUGCCAUGCCCGGGAACGCUCGUUGAGCGGAACCGAGUGCGUCGAGCUGGUCCAUAUGUGAUCGGUCAUGAACUGGAGUUUGGCCAUGGUACACAACAAAUGCAAUAUUUAGCCAGGAAAGAGGGUACCGACGAAUAUUAUUUACUCAAGAUUUUGACUUACGAUGAUGAAACCGAGUUGACGAACAGAAACACGCUCUAUGGGAAAGCUCUAUUGCACACCGAGUAUUCGAUUCUUUCGCUCUUGUCCGGCGUUGAAGGAGUAUAUCAACAGCAUGGGAUGUUCAAGGAUAAAGCACUGGAGGAAAAACUUGUCGCGGAUGCAGAUCGUGUUGUCAAAGCAGUAUACACGGGUCGUAUUAAACUACGUUUGAUACUUGUAUUGGACUGUGUUCUGCCGCAUGAUUUCUGUGAACGGUCCCGGGGUUACACGACGCUUCAAAAAUACGUACACUCGCGUACAUCACUUAAAGAACUUGAUGCGCUGAGGAUUUUCUACGAAAUUGUGAAAGUGAUCGAGAGAUUGCACAAUCGCAACAUCAUUCACAGGGAUCUGAAAUUGAACCACAUUGUGGUGAAAUGCCGCUCAAAGAAAGUCAUUGUUACAAAUUUUUCCCAUGCGAGACACCUGAGCAGUGAGGAUGAUGACUUUUACGAGCAACGGGGGAGUCCUGCCUACAUUUCACCCGAUGUGCUCACUGGGAGGCCGUACAAGGGGAAACCAACCGAUAUGUGGGCUCUCGGUAUAAUUUUGUACUCGAUGCUCUACGGUAACUUUCCAUUUGCAGACACUUCGCCUCCAGUAUUGUUCAGAAAAAUACGCCAGGCAAAUUUCACUUUCCCAAGUUUCCACAACACAUGUCGAUUUACAAUUCGUCUAGUCAGGCUGCUGUUAAACCCAAAUCCAGCUGAACGAGCCACUGCCUCCGGUAUACGGAUGGAACUAAAAACAACUAUUGCGCGUCUAAGUAAGCCAAAACAAGAAGUCAAUCAAAUUGUUCCCGAUAUAGAUAAUAUAGACGACACCAUGGGUGACCAAAAAUCGAUCCGACGCAAAGAUGAUGAUGUUCCUCCUAGUCAUGAGCUUUGGCAAGGGUCAUUCUCAAGAACUUUGGAAGCUAGUAUUUUGAAACGGAACGCUGCAGAGGCUAUGCAACAAACGGUACCUGAAACGUUGAAUGUGGGAAUUGGUACAGUACCCAGACAAACCCCUCCUGGUGCAGUUGUAAAUGAUGAUCAUCCUCAGCAGCAGCACAACCCUGGUGGAACGGCACAAAAUAUGAUACAUUCAAUAAUUGCACCGUCUCCCCAAAUCUCAAUACCGCAAGUUGUGCAGCAGCAGGGCUCUAACGUUCUUGUACCUGUGCAAAGUGGCGUGGCACAGCUUUUGCAGUACCAAGCCUUACAGUUGCCAAUAAACGUAAUAAGAAGAUCACCGAAUGUCGAUUCUAUCCAAAGGCAACGAAAUAUGGCUACACACCAGAUAUCGAAUGCAGUCGAACCUGUUCAUAUAGCUAUCUCGCAACCCUUACAACAGCAAGCACAAAAUUCGACACCACAGCGAUUGCAACAGCGUCUUAAUGCAGCACUUGCCCAACAUUAUACGUCUCAACCAAACAAUCUAAACGUUGUUACGCAGCAACAUCGUAACAUUGCUACCCAAUCUGCUCAAAUCUCAGUGUCACAACCGCUACAAAAUGCUUCGCCACAGAGUCGGCAACGGCUCAAUCAGAUACCUGUGCAACAUUCUGUACCUCAACCGCAACAAUCCAAUGCAGUUGCACUACCUCAAAAUGUCGCACAACUUCAUUCACAGCAGCAGCGCAUCAUCACUACAAUGCAGACAUCAAAUGUAGUUGGGGCGCAAUCUUCACAACAUAAUGCUAUGACACAGCAAUCACAACAUCGUAUCAAUUCAGCACUGGUCCAAAACCACGAUCCUCAAUCUACACAGUCUAAUACGCUAGCACUGGCCCAACACAUCGAGCCACAUCAAUCGCAACAAUCAUCACCAAGUCCAAUCAGACUGAUUCCGAAUACCUCCCAGCAGAAUGUGCGUAUAGCUGUUUCGGAUCCAACCGGCGUGCGCCAGCAUGCUAGUGCUGUAGAUGUCACACAAAGUGGUACCUCCCAACCAUUGCCACAACAGUCUCCUAGUGCGACUUCACCGACACUCCGUCCGGCGCUAUUCUACAUUGAUGCCCUCACAUCCGGUCCGUUGCUUUUUCCGCCGCGAGAACUAACCAACCAAUUCCCGGACCCGGCUAUUCACAACCUAUACAACGCCAUGAACGAGAAGUUCCUCAGCGGUCGAAUGUCCUUGCCUGCGCGAAUAUUCAUGGAUAGCUUCGACGGAAUAAUUACGAGCGAGCUUGCAGACAGGAUCGUCAAUUGGUUGCUCGCACACUUCUGUGAUCAAGAGAUUGUCCAGGAACUUCUCGUUCCCAGUACGGGCAACACUGUCAACAGCGUUGCGGAGCUACUGCGAAGGGUUGGGGUUAAAAUGGAGUGCAAUAAUAGUCAGAUAAUGAUAAGAGUAGAGCAAAAUCUUGACGUCAUGUUGUUUAUGGCCUUAUUGAUGCAAGCAAUCGAGAUGAAUCAUAAUUAUUUCGUGCAGUUCUAUUGAUUGUAUCGCUCAUUAGAUACACAAUAGUUCCUUCUCAACAUGGCAUGUAAUGAACAUGUAUAAAAAUAUGGUAAGGAAUGGUAGGACCAAUAAAUGUUACCUUUGAUCUUGACAAA